AGGGGGUCUGAGGGGGAAAGCAGAGAGACCAGCAGUGUCACCUGGAAGAAGCGUGGCUACUGUGCGGGCCAAGGCCGGGUCUGCUUGGAAGUGAGGCCAUUCAUCCCCAUCGCCUGGCAGUUCACAAGUUUUUGGGUUUGUCACUGCGUGCAUUGAGCUCCUCCCGCUGCCUUCCGAGGGGUCUCCUGGUCUGGGAAGCCCCUUUCGCCUCAGGGUCUAGGUAGUCUCCACGCACAGAUCACUGAUGCAGGCAAUUGCAGCGGUCAGGCUCAGUAUUUCCAGGAAAGAAGGGAGAAAAGACUCGAGGCAGCCCAUAAGCAGGCCCAUAAGUGGCCAUUGGCGGGAUGUUCCUCUGCUUAGGCCGGGGCUCCCAGUGAUAACCCACUCAGGACCAGCCCACGAACGUCCCACGACAUGUUCGCCUGGGCUGAAACAGCUCAAAUGAAUUGUGACUCGGUGUGAUGUGGGAUCCUCGGCCAUCGUCUCUGCUCCCGUUUCAUCCUUGAAACCAUUGUGUGGCGUAUUUGCUUGUGCUUGCAUGUCGUGUAAACACAGCCCUUGGAUUUGGCUGAUCGCAGUUGUGUGAAUUCAGGUGAAAGAAGCAAAAAUGUUUGCAUCUGCCGGUCUGGCCCCAGCAUGAGGCGCACUUCCUUCUUUUUCUUGAACCCGGGGCCUUCCUGGCUAGUAGCCACCCUGCUCCUGGCAUGGCUUUCGGGGGCAGCUCAGCCAGCCUUCCCCAGCUGCCCCACUCUCCACUCGCCCCCUUCUCCCCUCUCCCCCCGGCUCCCCCUCCCCCUUACAUGGGCUGCCUUCCCGCCUCCUCUUGCGCGUCUGCUAUCUGAUACAGGAUACGUGAUCUGUCGGCUCGACCACACGCUUCCAACCAGACUCUGCUCGCCUGCCUCACACACAGACGCCAGGGCUGCCACUCUGCCAAGAUGCCGAUGGCAGUGGCUCUCCUGUGGCCUCGCUGAGCUCCCAGGAUGCUGCCAGGCGUGCCACCCUUGGUCUUGCUUUGCCUGGCCUUCUCCCUGGGGCACCCCUGCCCUGCCACCUGCAGCUGUACAGACUCUCACACGGUCGACUGCCGGGGACGGGGGCUGCCUGGUGUGCCCACCCAGUUCCCCCUGGACGUACGGAAGCUCCUGAUGGGCAACAACAGCAUCCAGAGGGUCCCAGAGGACUUCUUUAUCUUCCACAGUGACCUGGUCUACUUGGAGUUCAGGAACAAUGCUAUCGCUGCCCUGCCGGAUGGCACCUUCAGCAGCUCUGGCAAGCUGGUCUACUUAGAUUUGAGCUACAACAACUUGAGUCGGCUGGGUGCCGGCCUCUUCCGGUCAGCAGAGCGUCUGGUCAAGCUCUGCCUGGGGAAUAACCGCCUAGCCGAGGUGGACGAGGCGGCUUUUGCCACCCUCGAGCAUCUCCAGGUGCUGGAGCUGAACCACAACCGCUUGCAGAGGCUGAGCGUGGCCACCCUGGCCGCCCUGCCUAACCUCCGGGUCCUCCGCCUGGAGGGCAACCCCUGGCCAUGCGACUGUGACUUUGCCGGCCUUUUCAACUGGCUACAGGAGAAUGCUUUCCGGCUGCCCCAAGGUCUGGGUGAGAUCCGGUGCACCCCUCCCACAGAGGGGAGCUCCGUCCCGCUCAGUGAACUGACAGAAGCCAGUUUCCGGGACUGCAAGUUCCGUCUGUCCCUGGUGGACCUCCUGAUCAUCGUCUUCUCUGGGGCGGCAGUCUCCGUCGCGGCCAUCAUCUCUAGCUUUGUUCUGGCGCUGCUAGUGAACUGUUUCCAGCGAUGCACGCCCAGAAAAGAGGAGGAAGAAGAGGAGGAGGAGGAGGAAGGCUAAACUCCCUUCUCUUUCCCUGCGCCCACCUGCCUUGUUCAACGGAAGCCAAGGGCUGCCUCCGCUUGCUGAAAAGGGCAGCUGAGGGCCGAACAGUCCCUCUCCCAUGGACUGACCAGGGAUUGACAGGAUGAGCUACUUUGGGAUCCUCUCCAGUGACCGUCUCACAGGAGGCAAGAAGGGGCUCAGAAGCAGGAGGCCGAUUGGCACUUUCGGUGGCACUUCAUUUUAAAACUUCUCUCUGUGGACAGCGGCAAAUCAGCAGGAAAUCCAUCUGUACAAAUCUCCUUUGAUUCCAAGGAGUGGCCCCAUGUAACUCCAGAUGUGGAUCUCCUACCUGUGGCUGCCUUCACUUCUGCAGCUGCCCUCAGUGCCCAUUGCCACUUGGCUGGCUCCCUCCCUGCCCAAGUUCCAAGCCACUCAGGGGUUGCCUCGUCACGCCUGGCUUGGCUUGCCAGCCCCUGGCUGAGCAAAGGCAGCCCUUGCCCACUGCCUGGCCUGGGACGUCUCCCGUUGUGUAGAUGGAAGGAUUGCUCGGCUUGUCCCCCAUGUGGCUCCGUCAAAAGGAGGAGCAGGAGGCCAGCCCAACUUCCUCACCACCACCACCCCGGUCUCUCAAGCACAGCACCUGGAUAGCUGCCCUUUUCUUCUUCUCUGUAGGUGGAGUUUCCUUCAUUUUCAUGGAAAAGGAAUGGCCCCUGGCUUUUCGUCUUUCCAAAAGGUCGAAUGGUGUGAUCUUUGCCCUCCCCUCUGCUCUGAGUGUCUCCGAGGGGCUCCUUGCAGAAGCUUUGCUACUGCUUGGCUUCCCAUGUUCCCCCUUCUCCAUCAUUUGAUCCCAAAUGCUUGGUUGGGAAGGUUCUGGCACUUUGAAACGUAACUAAGCAUCAGGCUAAACCUGCCAACGUGGGGAAUCAGGGCAGGCGCACAGAUUGAAAUGCAAGGCUGAUAAAUCCGUGGGCAGCCGGGUACUUUGGUCAUUGCUGGGCAAGUGGUGAUGGGGAUCGCGGUGAGGCUGCCCGGUCUGCUGAGAGCAGCAGGAUCCCAGGGGGCCUUCUGGGACCCAGGCCUCGAUGGAAAAUCCUCAUUUCCACAUUUGGAAACCUGCGAUGUGGAAGGAUCUACUGUGGACAUUUCUGGAGAUGUUAAAUGGAUCCCAGUGAUCCACUGCUGGGAGUGUCCAGGCUGUUGGCUUUCUCCCAUCCUGACCCUCUUAGAAAAGGACAUUUUGUGCUCUAGCUUGCAUGCAUGUGUUUCCUUAUAAACAGCUUCCGUGCCAUUUUCUUAGCAACAGUGUGGAAGUGGGAAGGGAUUUUUUUUUAAAUUCCCAGAGUAGCCCCCAGCCCCCUUCCUCCCUUAUGGAUCCCCCCAAAAUAUUAUCUGCACAUCUUAAUCCUCCUCUCCCUGCCUGACAUGCCCCCCUGCCCCACCCACCCACCCCCCUGCUCCCCAGAGGGAGGGUCUGGGCCUGGCUUCCCCGGAGGGAUUCUUGGUGCCCUGCAAACCGGGAAUCUGGGCCUCCAAGGACCAGUGAUGAGGGGGUGGUGGUGGUGGUAUGGAUAUUUCAGCACCUCCCUUUGCUUUUAACAGUAGCUGGUGCGAGAGCCUUCCAGGCAGGGUGGAUUUGAUUUAAAUCAAGUCAAUUUAAAUCACAAUUUAAAUCACUAGCAAAAUGCCUUGAUUUAAAUCAACUCGAUUUAAUCAUAAUUUUUAAAGAGCAACUGUCAUCUCAGUCCCAAUAUUGCAGAAUAUACAGCCUCAUGCUUACAUAACUAAGCUCCAUCUCAUGCUGAAUAAACUUAAGUUAUGAAUGUAUCUUAAGUAGAAAACUAUCUUUAGAUAGAUUUUUUACUCCAAAAGCAUUUUAUUAAAAUAAAGUUGAUAAAAAAUAAAUAAAAAAAAUGAUUUAAAUUUUUAAAAAUCUGUUUUUUUAGAAAAAAAAACCCAUAGAUUUUUAUCCACCCUGCUUCUGGGGCUCAGUCCGGGCAGAGUGGGCUCCAAGCGAGACCUCCUGGCUCAAGGCCAUCUCUCACACUGACUCGCCCGGCUGCAGGUGGGAGUUUCAAUCCCCUCCUUGCAGCAGAGGGACCUUCCCUGGAGGAAAGCCGGGUCAAGUGGUGGUGGUGGUGGUGGUGGUGGUGGGCGACUGUGACAAUUCAGAUUCUAAAAGAGUAUUUUCCUCUGAAGCUAAAGUUUUUCUUCACCCCCAAAUGUAGCACCAUAACUGUGACCAAUGGAGCAUGUGUCUAACCUACGAAAAAUUGCAUCCUGUGAUCUUUGGGUGUUGCGAAAGUUAACUAUGUUGGGGGGAGGGGGGCACUGAAGUCAAAUUCCAGGGGUUGGGGUAGUCUUUGUUCCGCCUAUUUAUUUUUCCUUGCCCUGUUCCCCCACCUCCCAACAGAUGGAAAAUAUUUUCAGCAUUCUGCUCCCACAUCAGAGCUGUCAGCUUUGGAAGCCAUAUUAGGCCGGAAGCUUCCAUGUUGCUACCUUCCCCUGUGUGGGAAAGUAGGAGGGGGGAUUUAGUAGAGGGGUUGUCUGUAGACAUAAUAGCAUUCUUCUUGUCGAUCAAGGUCAGGGCGAUCCUGCAUCUGAAGGAGGAGUGGUGGGAGAGCUGUCUCGAGAUGGGAUGGCGGUUGAUUGGAGCAUGUGGUCGACUGAGGAGUGAGCGGAUGGUUUUGGGGGUUUUAAUUUACUGAGGGGAAACACGGACCUCUCAGAUUCGGGUUUUCCCAGAUGUGCCAGUUUACCUAUUCUAGUAAAUAGAACUUUGAAAAAUGCUUGCUUCAGAGUCUUUACUUGGAGUUGGGGUUUUUCUGGAACGCUGACACUAGCAGCCUUUCCUUUCUGUCCUAAUCCAACUGCUGUGUCCCCCCUCUCCCCCCAGAAAGAGAACCGUGGAGUCUCCC